AUGUCACGUAAGAGCUGGAUUUUUGAAACGCUAUGCAAAUCACCAACAGAUCUCGAUACUAUUGUUGAACAAUAUGAAUUAACGAAAUUUCGAACCGAAUAUACAUCAGUUGGUGUUAAAUAUACAUAUCGAUGUGCGUUGUGCAAAAAAUUUCCAUCGUGCGCCAUGCAGCUACAAGCAAAACAAUUGAGCAUGACCGAUGUCGAUACAUUUGAAAUAUCUAAAUUCGGUAAACACGAUCAUGAAAAACGAGCGUUGACAACGCGAAAUUUUUGUUAA